CAUUCGUGGCUUCCAGAAUGGGUCUCACCUAACAUAAGAGGUUGCUAUCAAUGACCUAUUAAUUCCAGUAAUAAUGAUUUUAUUUUCUACUAUAAUAGUCAGUUGUCUUUUGUUGGAGACAUCUUCACAGACCCCUUGUCCAGACCAAUGGUAUUGGCACGGUGGCUCCUGUUACGCAUUUAUCACAAAUCUGAAAGCUAACUGGAUGGAUGCAGUGGCAUUCUGUCAAAAUGCGCAUUCUAAGCUAACAGAAAUUGAAAGUUCGAGUGAGGAUCAGUUUCUUCGAACACACUUGACACAGAGUCAUUUAUCAGAACAUUUUUGGGUUGGAGGAACAGAUGCGUUUGCAGAGGGAGAGUGGGUGUGGCUUUCAAACCCAAAACAAAUGACAUACAAGGGAUGGGCCCCUGGGGAACCUAACAACGGCGUGGGCGGAGCUUGCAUGACAUUAGCAUAUCACGAGGGUUUUCACUGGAAUGAUGAUCACUGCAAAAACGAAUACGACUUCAUUUGUGAGAAAGAGGUCUAAGAAUUUGAUUACCACUCUUAUUAACCUGACUCUAAUAAAUCUUUCUAAUUUCCUUUUUAUUUAUUAAAUCAUUUAUUUUGCUAAAUACGUUUGAAUCUUGAUAUACGGAUUAUUGCUAAUUAUUAACACAACAA